AAACUUCUGUGAUUACAACUAAGGCCUUCACAUUCCUCGCACUAUCAUGUAAAUGAUUUACAGGAAGAUAAUAAAAUGAAAUGAAAUCAAUUGCACAAUUUGUAUGAUAAAACUGAAGCAAUUAAAAAACCAAUCAAUCAAUUAAAUAUUUUCAUCACGCACAGAGGCAUUUAAGCAAUCAUUGUUCCCGCGCCCUCUACGUAGAUCUAAGGGGAAAAAGUCCUAAUAACUACACGUGUCCCCUGCCAUGCUCUUCACGGUGGUUUUGCAGAGUAUAGAUGCAGAUGUAAACUAACUGAGCUGUGGCGAUUUGCACAAACAGCGAUCCACUGAUUGAACCAAAGUAUAUACAUGACACUCGAAGCAGUUGUCGAACUUUGUGCGAGGAAUGUGAAGGCCUUAGUUGUAGUCAUAGAAGUUUAUGGUUGUCAUGGUUACGGGGUUACGAGUGAUACAUUGCGCUUAGGAAUGUAAAGAUUUGGUGUAUAAGUACCAGAAGACAAUGAUGGACAAACCGCAGAUAAUUUGCCAUGUUGAAAAAUCAUUGCCAUUUUCACUUUUUGAUGGAAAGUGGAUCCCUUGUUCGGCGAAGUUCGUAGUUCUAGGAUCCAAACCCAAGGGAACUGGCGCUCUCCAGAUCUAUGAAAUAACAGAAGGCGAUGUUAAACUACUCCAUGAGGUGGAGAAAAGCAAGCCAUUUAAAUGUGGUAGUUUUGGAGCAUCUUCAUUGAGGGAACGGCAUUUGGCAACUGGAGAUUUUGAUGGCAAGCUAAAUGUUUGGAAUUUAGAGGACACUUCAAACCCAGUGUACACAGCUUCAGCACACAAACAAAUUAUCAACUGUAUUGAUGGAAUUGGUGGAUUAAAUGUGGGAUGUGGUGCUCCUGAAAUAGUAACUGGAAGUCGUGAUGGUAGUGUGAAGGUAUGGGACAUUCGACAAAAGGGGAAACCAGUGGCUGUCAUGGAACCGGAAGAAGGUGAAGUUAGAAGAGACUGUUGGGCAGUAGCAUUUGGCAAUUCAUACAACUCAGAGGAAAGAAUGGUAUGUGCUGGUUAUGAUAAUGGUGACAUUAAGCUGUUCGACCUAAAAACAAUGGAACUUAGAUGGGAAACAAAUGUGAAAAAUGGUGUUUGUGGUCUUGAAUUUGACCGAAAAGAUAUUCCAAUGAAUAAGCUCGUAGCUACAACUCUUGAAUCAAAAUUUUAUGUAUAUGAUACAAGAACAUUUCAUCCCAAGAAAGGUUUUGCAAGUCUGUCAGAAAGGGCUCACAAGUCAACAAUAUGGUUAGCGCGCCAUUUACCACAGAAUCGUGACAUUUUUGUCACUUGUGGAGGAAGUGGCUCAGUAUGUUUAUGGAAAUACAAUUACCCUGCACACCGAGUGAAAACAACAGAUGAUGGAGCAGUAGGUGUAGUGGGGACAGUUAGUUUACUGCAGAACAACACAUUAUCCAGUCAGCCAAUCUCAAGCUAUGACUGGAAUCCAGAUAAAAUAGGACUGGCCUUAUGUACUGCUUUUGAUCAGACAUUACGUGUUGUCAUUGUAACUAAAUUAAAUAACUAUUAAGCACCAAAAUAAAAAGUAAAUUUUAUGAAAGAAAGACUGAUUCAUAACUUUAAAAACAAAUGAUACAUUGUGUAGUCUGUAAUCUUUUCCUUUUUUUGUCAUUAAAACUUUUGCACUGCCAGAA